CUUCCCUUAGAGCUGUUUAUGACCGCGGCGGGAAAAACAUUUGUUCCCAUUGGUGGAAAAAAGUCACGUGUGUUACAUUGGUUAGCGUCUUACCGGCCGCACUGCUCUAUAUUUCCUUCACAAAGAAUUGUACAGCAUUCAUAAUACUACACUAUGGGUCGUCCUAAAGCAGAAGGUGGAAGGAAGAGGAAAGCAAAAGACCCCAACCGACCAAAGCGGUCAACCUCUGCCUACUUCUUCUUUCUGUCGAAAAUGAGGGAAGACUCCAAGAAGGCUGGCAAAGCUAUCACAAAGAUUGCAGAAUUCACAAAAGAAUGUUCAGCAAAGUGGGCCAAAAUGAAUGAUAAGGACAAAGAACCAUUCAGCAAAAAGGCCGCAGUCGACAAGAAACGAUACGAUGCAGAGAUGGCAAUCUACAAAGGCAAAGAUCCCAAUGAUGCUGGCAAACCCAAAAGACCACAGUCUGCAUACUUCUGCUUUCUAGCGGACUUCAGGGGAAAGAUGAAAGGAAAGAAUAUUGACCAUAAGGAAAUCAUAAAAAUGGCUGGAGAGGCAUGGAGGAAUUUGGACGACCAUGAAAAGAAACCAUUUGAGAAGUUAGCCCAGAAAGAACAAGAGAAAUAUGAAGUAGCCCUUGGUGAAUGGAGGAAGGGUGGUGGAGGAGCAUCCCCGGCGAAGAAACCAAAACAACAGGAGGAAAAUGGAGAUGAUGAUGAGGAAGAGGAGGAUGAAGAAGAGGAUGAUGAUGAUGAAGAUGAUGAGUGAAAGGGGUCCUGUGUGGGGGAGAGGUAUUCCCACCCGAUCAAAGCCAGUCCAUAACGUCACAAAAUAAGAUCUGCAUCAACUUACCUAGUACAACAAUGGCGCGAUCUCUUACUGCUGACUCCAGCCAUGUGUUACGAUAUAAAGGAGAAUCAAAUAUUUAAUUGUGUGGGGAAAGAAUGAUAGAUACAUGUAGAUGAAAUUUAAAGGUUGUCUGAUGAACAGCAUGAAGUUUUUGUCACUUUACAGUGCUAAAUUAUACAUGUAUUGAAGCUUUAUGUUGAAACCCAAUAUUUAAUAUGAUAUUAAUUUUUUUUUUGGGUACAUGCAAAUUCUUUAAACAUUUGUGGGGGGAGAAUGUUGAGUUUAAAGUAAUACUAUAGAAUGGUUGGUGCAAUCUGGUUGUAUAUAUUUUCUUAUUUUUAUCAUUAUAGAUGAAGCAUUUCAUUUUAUCAUAUUUAAUCAUCUGUAUCACAUUCAUUGUUAUACAUCAUUGUGAAAUUGAACUCUACAAAACACCAGAUACAUUGAGUAUGUAAACUUAUGUAUUGCACUUAUACUCCCGUAAAACUCUUUAUCAUGCAGGGGAAUUUUUUUCUUCCGAAUUUAUUCCACUCAGGGACUACUGUGUUUACCGGCAUUUUAAUUUGAUCAUGCACACCAUUUUCAGCAUUUGUAAAUAUUUUUUAAAGCGAAACAAUAUUUCUUAACUUGGAAUGAAAAUUCACAAGCAAUAAAUAGUUCUUGAUGAAAUGAAUGUUGUGAACUUUGAUUAGCAGUUCCAAUUAAGACACAUUUCUUUUCCCCCCUGUUUCAUAUGUCAUGUAGAAACAUAUCAUGUGUUUGGAAUUUGAGUAAGUUUGUAUCAUUUUAGUAAUGAAAAUUUUUAUGACUGAAAAAAAAAAAAUCAAAUGUUUUUCAUUUUUAUGUUUAGAAAGUUUAGUUUUACAACUUACAAAUUAAUAUUGUUUGCAAGUUGCAUGUAAUAAAAUUGUGUGCUUCAAUUA